AAUAUUUUAACGCACCCACUUUCAAAGCAAAUAAAUUAUCUUCGUCACAAGGUUCAGUCCUGCUGCUGGCCACCUUCACACUUGUUCAUGUGUGGUGUGGCUCAGAAAGCCAUCCAGGUCCCAGAACAGCAUUAAACCUCAAGGCCCGAUACCGAGCUGGACAGAACUCCUGCAGGUCUUGUGGAUGUCCAUGGGGCUGGGCUUUAAAUCUCCGCAGCCCCCAACCUCAAACUGCUCAGUUUAUGCAAUUAUGUUGAUGGCAACAUUGAAAUCAGCGUCCAAGGAUGACACUGCAAUCCUGCAAAUUUGAGAUGAUUGGUUUUUGUUGGAUGGGUUUUUCAGGGUAUAGAUAACGAAUCGAGCAAUAUCAGGAAGUUUUUACAACUUGCUUUGACUUUCUCUGAACAUGUCCCAGAAGGAUCCCUGCCAGAAACAAGCCUGUGAAAUACAGAAAUGCUUGCAAGCGAACAACUACGUGGAGUCUAAGUGUGCAGCUGUGCUUCAGGAGAUGCGGAAGUGCUGCGCCCGGUACCCCAAGGGCCGCUCCAUCUGUUGUUCAGGUUUUGAGAGAGAAGAAAGAGAGAGAGAAAAGCUUAAGACUAUUUCAGAAGGAAUUCCUCCACCACCUCAGUAACACAAUGCAGCUCCGGCAGGUGCGAGAGCACGGACUCACCUGCAGAGCCCACGUGUGUUUUUUUCCGAGCCUUCUCCAGACUUUCAGGAAAGCCAGAAGGCUCCUAGAACACACCAUCCCGUGCACCAAAAAGUAUAACGCAGUACCAAGAGAUGGCCUGGUUACCAGACUGUAUUUUCUGUACCAAAACAUCAUCUACAUUGUCUUCGCAUUGCGACUGUGUCUGUGAAAAAUCGGUUUGAUGUUUUUAGAAUGCUUACCUUACUCUAACCCAUCCUCGCUCUCAAAAUGGAGGGCUGGAACCAAGUUACUCUGGCUUCUAGAGUGGGAGGUACAGGAAAUGUGCUCAUAAGAGUGAGUUUAAGCGUGACACAUAAAACAAAGUCCAUCUUGACACCGCAGAGGUAUUGCUGCCAUCAUGCAGUAGUUCCAGACAACAUUCACCUGUCCAGUGGUUCAAGCUCAAGAACGGGAAUCAGGUCCGGGGUUCGUUCCUAGGUUUUGCAUAGCUCAUGAGUGACUACACGUCACUUUGCCUAAGUGCCUCACUUUCCCACUGGACAGGGUUUUGAUUACUAUAUUUGAAUUGCCUACACGCUGCUAUUUGCAUGACAAUAAAGAUGUUACAGGAACAUUAUUUCAGGGAUUGCUACAGGAAUAGGAUUUUUUUAAAAAAGCAAUAUUCAUUUGGAAAAUCUGACUGUUGAUAUAAAAUUUAUAAAUUUCUGUAUAAUUGAAGACCUUUAAGCAAUAUGUUAUAAAUCCAGCGUAAUUCAGCGCGCUGGUACCCAGGGGCCUAUCACAAAGCCCUGGGCUAGAUCCAAGAACCGACUUAGGUGCCACUUCCUGAACAAGCAGUUGGAGGCACCCACUUUUGGUACAGCAUUUCAGACUCACACACAAACCGUCUGUGUCUGGACCCCAGGGAGAGAUGGCUUUUCAGAAGCGCUCACCUGUGCAGCAGAAUUUCCUGUGACCUGUAGGAAGAGCUUGGUAGACAGGUUCCUGCAUCACCUUUUAGAGCUGCCUACGUCUCUCCGUCCACUGUAGCAGGAGUCCAGGCACCUCAGUGGGUGCCAAGUCCAGGGCACCCACAUACCAGACUUUGAACCCACUAGGCCACUAACUCUGUCAUUAGAUCUAGCCGUAAGGACUUUUGUGCUGUGAUCAAGUACAAUUAAUUAUGAAAUACAGCUUCUAUAAACAGACCACUGUAGUCUAGGCACAAUAGAUGAGUGUAUUGAAGCCUAGAAGAGCAAACCAUCUGUAUUCACUGCUCUGAAAUACCAUAAUACAAAAUAAAUGACUGGAACAAA